ACAGGCAUGGUUUGGUAAUACGGACGUCACCGUUGCAGCGGUGUGUUCUCUUCCUACGCGUGUGGUGUUGCUUUGCUGCCACGCCGCAACCUACCACCGUCUCUACGCCAUUGAUUCAUUUCCAACGUCUUCUCAUUGCUAUACACCUCACCUCACCUCACUAACAAUUCUUUCAUUCAAUCAAAAUUUCAACCUUAGGGUUAGUUAGUUAAUACUGUGUUCUUCCUUUCUUUCAAGAUUUCAACCUAGGGAAUGGCGCCAUUACCCUAUACUCAACGAACCUCGUCGUAUUUCUCUGCUCUCACCCAAGCCAUCGACAAAAAGCUUCAGAGGGCACUUGCUUCACCAACUCAGAGACGGGACUUGUUACAACAGCUCUUCGCAGACGUAGCUUUGGAAGUUGAUGAUCGAGCUAGGGAUAUAAUUCUUGGACGGGAAGAUGCAGCUUCUAUGGCAGAGGUGGAUAUUAAGCUUCCAUUAUGCUUUUAUGAUGUGCUUGCUGACCAUUUUGCUUGUGAACCUGAGCGUGGGAAACCAAUUCUUGAUAUGAUUGUUCAACUAUGGAGCCAGCCAUUUGCCUCUCAUAUUUUUGCCUUGUUGUUUCAUAAAUGGUUGUUUGAAGUUCAACUUGAUAGUUCUGAUCUCCUCCUUCGCUACUCGUCAGCUCUUGUCCAAGGUGCUACAAAUGUCUUUUGGAUUGACAUCCAGACAAACACGACCCACUUCCAGAGUCUCUUCCGGUAUCUUCUGGAGGAUGUUGCAUUGGUGCCCGAGAGGUUGAAGAAAAUCCCUUUUCAGGCCCAACGCGAUCUCUUUCUUCUACUUUCAAGAUCCAUAUUCCUUUAUAAUCUAGUUGCAAAGCUCGAAAGCUUCUUUCAGCACUUUCCAGAGUUUCCAAAUGCUUUCUUGGUAGGGGGUCCUGCGGAUAUUUUUGUCAUUGAACUAACUGAUCAGCUUCAAAAAUUGAAAGUGGAACCUGUGCUUUUACACUACCUCUCCCGCAUUAGAGUUCUCCAAGGUCUGGAGCUGAGAAUGACAACGAGCACCAGACUUAAAACUUGCUUGUACAGCUUCACUUCUCCUGGUGGUCCAAUGUAUCCAACAAGAGCUGUUCGUCAUGCAGCCUGGGAUGCUCUGGAUUUUCUUUUCCCGGUUGGUCAAUACCCGCGGCAUAUUAUCAGCUUCUUUUUCCGGUUGCUGUAUCCAUGGUACUGGCCAUCGUCUUGUUGGAACUUUAUCUUGUCAUGCAUACAGGCAAUAUUGUACAAGAUCUUAAAGCUAAUGUUUCCUAGCCGUAAACCGAGAGACCCCCAUCACUCUUAAAAUGUAAAGUUGAUGCUUCAGUCAUAUAUAGAGGUUUGUUGUAUUAUGGUCAAUCCUACUUAUACAGUUGGUGUUUUAUAUAUCCUUGUACUCUUCCUUAAAAGUCAUAUUGCCUUAUAAAUUCCUCAAAAAUGGCACUUCCUCUUUGGAAA